UGAGAUCAAGUGUAAAGUUUAGUACUCAGGGGAACUAAGAACGACAAAGUCUUCAAAGGCGGAAGUAAAUUACUACAUUUUAAAGACAGGCGUUUAAUUUGUUAUUUAGGGAUAUAGCUUACGAGUUGUAAACAGUUUAUUCAUCAAGGAAACUAACAAACGACGGAGUGCUCGAUUACGGAAGUAAAUUACUGCAUUCAGGUUUUAGAAAUGUGGAAAUUUUUAGAAACAAUUUCACCUAAUGCUAGAAAGGAGAAUUCUUCAAGUAAGAUUAACGUGGCUUCAUGUAAGAUGAAUGUGAAGAUUAAAAUUGGAAAUCUGUCUGCUGAGGAGGCAGAUGUUUUGGUGAACAGUGCCAAUCAAACUCUGCAAUUAAAGACUGGGCGGAUAUCGAACUCCAUGCUGACAGUCGCAGGGCAAAAACUGCAACAGGAAUGUACCAGACGAUAUCCAAAUGGAAUUGCUUUCGGAGAAGUUGCAGUGACCAAAGGAUAUGGUUUAAAAUGCAAGAAUGUAUACCACGUGGCUGUACCUGUUUGGGAUGCGUUUUAUGUCGAGUCUUUACAGAUUUUGACGCAAAUCUUUCACUCGUGCCUGCAGCACGCUAACAUGGACAAGAUGACUUCAAUUGCAUUUCCAACUUUGGGAUGUGGAUAUCUGAACUAUCCACCCGAGGCAGUGGCUGAAACUUUGUUCCAGUGUAUUUCAGUGUUUGAAUCGGACGAAAAGCUUAAACUAACGCUGCAAGAAGUGAUCAUUGUCGUUAUCCCCGGUCGUUCUGUCGACGACACUAAGCAUUUGAAACAGGUGUUCGAGGCUGCACGGUCAAAUAUACUGGAAUUAUCAUCGGGAACAUGCCAUGGAAAAUUGGCUAAAGAUUUUACGUCAACUUGCGUGAGGCAACUUGCGCUAAAUUCAUGUGACAAAACUCUCCACUGCGGUCACAAAUGCGGUGGAUAUCGAUAUGAAAAGGAUUGCCCACCAUGCUUGAAGGUGGGAUGUAAGGCCACCGGCAAGCAAAACGAAAAUGAUACUUGUGUGAUUUGCUACACCGAUGAACUGUCUCGCGCUCCAGUUAUUAUGAUCAAAUGUGGACACAUUUUCCAUUUGCAUUGUGUUGAAAGAGUUCUUCAAAACAGAUGGGUCGGAGCGAGAAUCAACUUCAAAUUCAUGAACUGUCCAUUGUGCAAUGUUAAGAUUGACCACCCAAAGCUGAAGGUUUUACUGGAGACGCUCUGUUCUUUAGAAGACAAGGUUAACAAAGCAGCAAUGGCAAGGCUUGAAAAGGAUGGCCUUACCAAAUCCAAAGAAAUUACCAGCCCUGGAGGACAGUAUUUCAACAACCCAGCCGGAUUUGCUACAGACAAAUUUAUUUUCUAUUCAUGUUAUGCCUGCAAAAAGCCUUACUAUGCCGGUGAGGAUUCGAACGGCUGUGCAUCAGCGAUGGAGGACACUUUGGAAGAGGCCAAUCUUAUUUGUUCUACUUGUCUUGCAAGGAAAGCACCCAAAAUAGGAAAGGACAUACAGAAAGAAGAAAAUGUGGAAUCACAGAAGAAAAUCAAAUCAACAACGAAGAAGUGUCCACAUUGUAAAGUCAACAUAGAGAAAAAUGCUGGGUGUAACCAGAUGACGUGCUUUGUGUGUGGAACCAACUUUUGCUGGUUGUGUGAAAAGAAAUGGAAAGCCAGUUGUGGGUCGCAUCAGUUUGAUGGGACUGAAUAUGCUCAAGAUCGUUACUUAUAUUUACUUGAUGAAGAGAGUUCCGACGACGAUUUUCCGCUUGUUGUUGACGAAAUAGAUAUGAGGGAGCGAGCUCAACGUCAACGUAGGCGUAUUGAACGACGUCUUUACCGUAUUUAACACAAAUACGUUGCUCGGAUUUAACUAGGUGAUAUACAAUGGAAAAGAAGUCAUUGCACAUUUUUAAAACAAACGCAAUGUACGCACUAUAUAUUAUGGACGUUUUGUUUUUACUUUCUAGAGAUAUAUGGGUAUUCCUUGUAUUUCAUUCUUGUCGAGUUAUUUUUGUAACUGAAUGAUUUGUUUCAAACAAAUUAUGUACGUUACAUGGUUUUACAAAAAUACGGUAUAUGUUAACUUACGAAAAAAGUACAAUGUGAUAGAAAUCAUUCAAUAUUAUAAAUUUUCAAAGCUUCAAAGUUUUAUUUGCAUAACCUUCAGAAGGUCAUGACCCAUGUGGACAAAUAUCAUAUUCAGUAUUUUCAGGUGAACGCAAAUACAACAAAGUAAUACCAUUCUAAUAACCAAUAUUAUACCUCACAUAAAUUUGUCCUUUCUUAUAUUUAUAAUCUCGAUCGGUCCGUAUAUCACUGUAUUUUGAUGAAAAUCCAGUUUUAUGACGUCAGCGGUCCAUAUUAUAUUUUGGCCGGUCCGGACCUAGCCAAAAAUGUAAUAUGAACCGCUGACGUUAUACGAUUGGUAAGUGCGGCUUGCUAUUUUCACAACAGCGGAAACUUGUCGCAAGUAAACAUAAUCAGGUUUGUUAAAUAAAACACAUUUAAAUCGCUUUAAAAAUAUUGUCUUGUAUAAAAAGUGUUCGGUAUAAUAUAAGAAAUAUAACACACCACUUCGGGCCAUAUGGCAUUAAAAGGACCGGUCAGUCAGCCCCCGAAGGUGAAUGGACCUCGGCUAACGCCUCGGUCCAUAUACACCUUUGGUGGCUGACUGGCCGUUCCUUAUAAUGUCAUAUGACCCUCAGUGGUGUGUAAUAUUUCUUAAAAAUUAACUGAAUAUACAUCAAUCGGAAAACAUCAAGCAAUAAAGCAUUCUAUACACACUAAUACUUUCAUAGUAUUCAUAUAGUUAUGUUUGAUUAACUCAAAUCAUUAACAGAAGCGAGACGCAAUUCAAGCCUCAAAGCUUCCUCCUCCAUUCUGUCGUGAUUAUUCUGAUUUAUGCAUAUUUAUCACAUGUCUAUUUUCCACGUAUUUUUGCUGUACUUAACAAACGUAAUUUUCUUCCGUAUCGUAUUUGUGAAUAUAUUUCACAUGUCUAUUUUCCACGUAGUAUUGCCAUAGAGAAUCUUUUAUUUGUGAUUUGUAUAGUUUGAUUUUUUAUUUAAAUCAAUCUUGUUUAAGCCACCUUCUUUUACAAAAAUAUACUAUUAAUCAGAAUAAAGAAACUGUUUCGUGAUUGGUUGAGACAGUUCCUGAUACUGACUGAAAGGCAGUAAUAAACGUCCUUUUCUUCCUUCUCGAUGUUUGUUUCAUAGUGUCUUAUUGCACUCAGCAAUAAGCUCCUUUCAUCAUAUUAGCAAACAUGAUAAAAAAUCAGACAUUACAUAUCAUUAUGUGCCAAAUUUCAAAUUAUUUAAACCACAUAUAAUUUUAGAUGUGAAUAUUUGGGGAGGCACUUACAACAUCACUUAAGUGACAAAAAAUAUUCAAAAUGAAAACUAAAAUCUAGUAUAUGUACAAAGUGUUUCAAUCUAAUACAUAUCAUGAACCAGGAAAACGACGAGCAACGGUCAUAUGAUACUGUUAUUAACAUUAUAAUUUUAGUAUGCCUGGGUAUAUGCACGCUUAACUACUUUACCAUCCCAAAUAAUAUUCAUUUUGUGUAGGAAGUAAAUAUUCUUAUCGUUUGUUCAUAGAAUAUUGUUAUACGCAAAUAUUUAUACGAUAUAUUGUUUGUUCCUUUAUAAGUAACCUUUGCAAUAACAUUUAAGUAAUUUUGUACCUCUAAUCAAUUGUAGAAUAACUUCACACAAAGCAAUACACCUGUGAUAUCAUUGUUGAUCAAAAUGAUUUAAUAAACAUGUUAUUUGAUUAA